CUGUUUUGUACGUUUUACAUUCUGAUCCGAGGAUCAGCUGUAGAAAGCAAUAAUAGAGGGAAAAUCUGCAGGAGGAAAAAUAGAAAAAGAGGGAAAUAACUGCAGAUGUUAUAAUCUGAACAUCAAGUGUAAAUUGUAGUUUUACACGAAGUCCUUCUUCUAAGAAGAAAGCAUUUUUUAUUUUUUAUUAUGGUGUUUUAACUAGGCUACCUCACUUAAAAGGCUAACUAAAGCUUUAAGAAUUGUUAUAAUUUCUACUUCGUGUGUGAUCACGUUUACAACUUGAAUUACAUUGCUACGGCAGGCCUUACCAAGUGAAACCUUACAUUUGCACUACGGAAGCCCAUUGAGUCCUGUGAGAAAAAUAAACUUACAAGAUCAAGACAAGAAAGGGUCAAGAGAGGCCAAGAAAACCGUGCUCACUUUCCUGACCUGGCAACUGUUUGACAAAGUGAAAACAUAUUAAUAAAAAUAAAUAAAAAAUAAGGAAACAAUUGAAAGGCAGCUAGCUUUACCUUGAGAACUACAACUACACAUCAACUGACGUUCCCAACCCCAGGCCCUUCGCCGUGACACUGACCGACGAGCCGAGCCAUGUUCCAAGCUCUCAGCAGCCUGUUUUUCGGGGAGGUGGAGGAGGUGUCCGCUGAGAUCAAUGGGCCUAAGCCCUGUUUGUCCGAGGCUGACGAGGAGGGGUGGAUGCUGGUCAACCUGCCCGGGGAAACUGAUUCUGCGACAAUGGAAGAGGGGGGCAUAGAGGCUCGUUCGACAGCGGAGUUGAUACCCCAGGACAGUCAACCGAAUCCCACGCACACACCCUCAAAAACAGAGCACCCCGCCCUUACGGCCGCCCGACAUCAGAGCCGUCGCCGGACUCACAAAGCUCGUUCGCGAGCGGCGACGGCGCUGGUGUCGUCGGACCCCUUCUCGGCUCCCCCCGGUGCUAGUUUGUUAGCCGCCGGCGUUCCGACAGCCGUGUCCUUUAAAAGGCGGGCCAGGCUCUCCACCCCCUCCACCUCAUCUGUGUCCCCUGGCAGUAGUGGGUCGGAGAGAGGAUGCAUGGAUGAGAGCUGGUUCGUUACCCCUCCCCCCUGUUUCAAUGCAGAGGGAGCCACGGCGGAGUCCAGCCCCAUGGAGGACCUGCUGAUUGAACACCCCAGCAUGUCCGUCUACGUCUCCCCUGGCAACCUGUCCAUGAUCUCCAACGGCAACCUGUCCGUCGUUGGGGAAGAGAGCAUUGCCAGUCUGAUGGGCAGCGUGAGCAGGGUGGCAGAACCGAAUGCGGCGCCGGCCGCACGCAACACCAUACCAACCAGGGCGACCAGAGGAGCAGCCGCCCAGGCUGGAACCCUGGCCAAGGUUACCCAGGUAGCCCGCGUCCAGAGGGGCAAGGCCCGCACUGAGAGGCGCCACCUGGGAUGCAACCGCAUCCAGCGCCAGAACCGCACCAGGGAGCAGGUCACCCGCCACGGAGCCCGCACUAGAAAUGCCUACCUGCACCAGCCCUGCCAGCGUAGCGUCUGCCACUGAGCCUCCACACCCACAGGGGGCGGAAUUUACAAAUAUAAUUACAAAUAGGCUUUUGUGAUUCUACUCCCCCUUACAUACAACCAGGAUUUAAAUGGACAUAUACACAUACACUCAUGUGCACAAAUAUGUAAAUACACAUGCACACAACAUCCAGUUGUCAUUUCCACAUGCACACAUAUGACAUACAUACUUAGAUACUAGUUCCCUCACCCUCUGGCAUUUACACAAACAAACGUCAAUUUACAUAGGCUACUUUUGCUCUGUUAUGCCCCCAAAACCAAGCCAUCUAGUAAUGAUUGAUUAUUGAAAACCUCUUAUCUAAACUUUUCAUACAUAAUUAAAUUAAGCAAAACAUAUCUUCAUAUUUUCCCCUUGAUGAACAUGUUAUUCAGAAAGGUUUUGCUCACAGAAAUGUUAUUACUCUAAAGUGAUCUUUAAGUAACUCUGCAUCCCAGUCAGUCCUAUCCACACACACACGCAGUGAUCAUUAUUGAUGCUCUAAGGCUAAAGUAUUGUUUCUAAAUAUAUUAUAUGAAUAUGGGUUUUCACCGCAAGUCAAACAUUAUAUUACACAACAAUUAUGUUUUGGGGAGAACUACCUAAAACUACAGUUCCAUCCACCUCCCUUCCAGUUGGGUUGAAGAAAUGCUCCACCGUUGUUUCUCUGUGGAAGUCCCGUUGCCUCUGGCAGAAUACGUGGCCAUUUGCAGUCGCCCUGAGGAUUAAAGGAUUACCUUCAUUUUAUAAACAUACAGCAAUUUAACACAAGGUAUAACCAAAAUUAGACAUCCACUUUGAAGCCAACUCCUUAAAAUUCGAGAGGUUCAAUAGACUGCCACUUUGGGUGACUGAGAGAGAUUAAAGUUAACUGUCUUGCUAUCAACCACAGAACCAUUUUUACCUUGAGGAGAAAGGAAACAUACUCCCUCUUUCCAUGGGAACAGGCUUUUCUGAGAAAUGUAGAUUAGAUAGUUCUGGACACAUAAAAAUCAUAUGCAUUGAAUAUCUGAAAUUUUGAUGGAUGAUGAAAGGCAUGGCACUGCAUAGAAAGAAACAAAUCCUGUCCCUCAUUUGCGUUUGGUUUGGAGUUACACAUAUGUUUUUAAUUUAUGUUCUCAAAUUGAAGAAAGGGUAUACCGUGGAGUGUGAGAGAAGACAAACCAGAAGAGGUUUUUAACACUUUUCCCACUAAGAGGGAUGAACACAAGUAAAGGAAGGUGAGAGCCAGACACAACUAGAGACAAUCCUUAAGACAGAAUGAAGAAGGCAAACAGAGAAGGAUAUAGUUAUGUGAGUAGUGUAGAUAUCUGUGCAACCAAUGGCUUGUAUAGCCAUUGGUUGCACAGUUAAGAAAGGAAUUCAAAGCUAACAACUUCCUUGUCUUUCUUCAAUGACAGUUUGUAGUUAGCAUACUCUGUAUGUGCACUGCGUGUUAUUGCCAUAGUUAUAUAUGAAUGCAAAAUAGCCUUAGGUUGCCCAUAGGUUUCUAGGUGUUGAUAGGCUAAAGUAGGUGCAGGAAGGUAGAGAAGGCAUCUCUUCAAUUAGUUUUGAUGUUUCUAAUUGGUUCUUUUUUGUUUUUAUGUUAUGUACGUUUCAGAGAUUAUAGACCAUGUAAUUCUUGGUGCCCGUCUCAGGAAAAGCCUGUUCCUCACAGACUUCCAGGGAGAACACAAAAUAGAUGACAAUUUGAAACAUUGUCCAGCUAAAUCGAAUCACUGUGAAGGAUUCAAUCUUUAAAGAUAUUAGUAUGAAUGAUAUUAAGACAAUUUACCAAGCACACACAUUUAACUAAUUCAGUGAUGCAACCGUGCCAAUGAAAAAUUUGAUCAUGUCAACUAGGCCUUUCUUACAUCACAUCAUAUAGUCACACACACACACACACACAGUGACACAAACACACUCUCACACACACACACAUGCAAACAAAAACACAUUAUCCCCAAGGCUGGCACUACUUUUAAUGUCUCUAGUAAAGACUGGCUCAAGGACAGUGAACGAGUGAUGGCAAGUGACCCUUGUCUUAGUUUUACUCUUGCUCCACCCCCUGACCUCUUAAUAGCGUAUCCAGCUGUAAGUGUCCCCCCCACCAUAAGAUCUAGCUUCCCGAAGUGUGUUCAACUACAAUAGCAAACUAUGGUGCUUCAAUGUAUAUGAAUAUAUACAAAUGUUUGUAAAUUAUUUGAGACAUGGAUGUAAGUUUGAGAGUCAAAAUCUGUGCUGUGUGGUGUGUGAAAUCUUACUGUUUUGUUUUUUUGGGUAUGGUUUUUCUUAAAUGUUUGUUUUUAAUCUAACCGUCUAGGAUGUUUCCCAUGAGUAUGAGAGGAUGUGUAUUAAUGUGUAACAACAACAAAAAAAUCUUUAAAAGACAAAUAAUGAUCAAUUAUUUUCCUUGUACUUAUUAGAAUGCAGUUUGUAAUGUCUAUUGCUGUUAGGUUUCAAAGCCGCUAAGGCCUUCAAGUCCUUAGAGUAGCUACCAUCAAGGCUGAUGACAAGGCUGCCCCUGCCCUUUGCAUUUCCCCAAAAUGACAGAAAGAAUGCACCUCAGUAGUUUCAGCUGACAUCUUCUCCUCCUGUCUUUUACCUCAUCUGCAUUGACAUGUGACCCAAUUGAGAUGCACCUUGGGUUAGCCAGCGCACCAGAGGCAGAUACUGCCCUCUAGGGGGUACAUUUUUGAUGAAUUGGAAGAACACGGGAUCCUUUCAUGCUGGCAUCAUACAACACUGUCAUCGAAGCAUUUAAGGAUGCAUGUAUGCGAAUGUGAAAUGCUCUCUCUGUAAAGUAACUGAAAAAUAGUUUUUAUUAUUUUAGAAUAUCCUAGAACUUGGUUAUAUAGAAAAUGUGGUACAGAACAUUUUAUUUUUACCUUCAAUCAAAACCCCUUAUUUACCAGUGAAACCGCCGACGAUCCUGUAAAUAUAUGUUUCAUUUCAAAUACCUUUUAAUAUAUGAUAUAAAUAUGAAUACGAUAUUUCUUUUUUUGUUCUGUUUAAAACAUGAGUCAGUUUAUGUGAUUCAGUGUGUGGUUCACAGGGCUGAGUACCACACACACACACAUGCACACAGGCACACCACAAAGACACACACACACGCACACGCAUACACACACACACACACACACACACACACCUGGUCUCCAAAGCUUCCUUAACCCCUAGGACUUUUUUAACCCUGUUCUACAGUGCCUCUGGGGUCCCACUUUCUACUCACUAGGUGAAGACAUUUUUACACUGAGACUGGGGAAGGGCCUAUACCUAACAGACCAUAUGGACAGUGUGUGUGUGUGUGGAACUGGCCAACUCUAAUGAAUCCUUGUUGGUCAACAAGAGAGAUCCACCACUGAGAAUGUUUCUUCCCUUUUCUUUUUUUUCUUCUUUCCAUUGCCCUCUCACUGUUGUGUCCCAUGUUACCUAGUAGCUGUUUUCCCAGUUUGUAGUGUGUGACUAACAAAAGCUGUGGACUAAGGUGCAAACCUGGCAAUCACAGAGAGUGGGUUGGGCCAACAGGCUUGUCCAGUGUGAUUUGGGCGGGGAAAGGAAGGAUAAUGGGAAAGAGGAAAAAUUAGGUGUGACAAAGGAGGGAGGAGGCAGACCGAUUAAAAAAGAAAAGAAAAAAGAAAAUGAAAUGUGUUGAGAAUAGAAAACAUGCUUGUAUUUUUCCCAUAUAGUUAUUAGAACAGUAGUUCACUUAUAUGAUGAUGUUUCAAAAGAACUGGGGUUGAAUGUGUGAUUUUAUUCUAUUUGCGCCCUGAAAUGAUGGCAGCUUAAAGACACUUUGUGGGGGUUCACCUAUUUACCAUCCCAACAAGUACACCCCACCCCCAUAAAAAAGUAUAUAUAUAGACAUUUUAAAAAGUAUUGGUGUAUCUGAUAUCUAUGGUGAUUGUGCCUUUCACUAUUUCUGCAUGGUGUUUGUGAUGUACUGAAUUGUUCCAUCCCCGAGUGGACAGUUAAGACCUAUGCAACCACCAGUGGACUCCAACAUCCAUUCAGAAAAAUGCAGGUACCACACAUACAAAAAAAAUACCACAACAACAAUAAACACUCAGGUUGACAAC